AUUUUGUAGUUCCUUUUUGCUCCACUUGAAGAGCAAGGAGCAUCAAGUGGCACCUCGCUUAAUUCCACUUGUUUUCGCAUCUUAUACCACACUUUUCAUGUAAGUUGAUUGUACACAGUAAUAUUAAAGUAUUAUGGAAGACUCAAACGAAAAAGAAAAGAAAUGCACCGAAAACAAAUUUAAAGAAAACUGCUUAUUAUUUCGAGACGCUGUACUAAAGGAAUUGGGGCUUCACGUCAAAGACUUGAGCAGUUUUCAAGCCUUUGCUAAGCUCUUAUAUUCUCCCAGAGAUCCUUCAAACCUGGCUGUUAUUCGGAUAUUCUAUGGAUUCUUAAUGAUUAUCGACAUUCACCAUGAAAGAGGACUAUCAUCUGCAGACAGCAGAUGGGGAAAUCCUGAAGAAUGCAGAUUUCCUUUCUUUAAUUUUUUGAAACCUUUACCUUUGGAAUGGAUGAUUACGAUCUACCUCCUCAUGCUGUUCGGUUCCACAGGAAUCAUGCUUGGGUACCGCUUUCGUUGCAGCUGCUUGUGUUUUCUUAUUCCCUAUUGGUACAUAUUUCUCUUAGACAAAACUCAUUGGAAUAAUCACUCGUAUCUCUUUGGUCUUCUUGGUACUCAACUGAUGCUCAGCGGAGCAAACCGAUGCUGGUCAUUAGAUGGAAGGAGAGAUCAAAGGAUUAGAAAUACACAUGUACCAUUAUGGAAUUACGCCUUAUUAAGAGGGCAGAUAUUCUUAGUGUACUUUAUAGCUGGAUUAAAGAAGACCAAUCUAGAUUGGAUAGGAGGAUAUUCCAUGGAAAAAUUAGGCCAACAUUGGGUGUUUGAUGGAUUUAGGCUUUUUCUCUCAGACGAUCAGAUAACAUAUUUUGUGGUUCAUCUUGGAGGCUUUCUAUUAGAUCUAACGGUGGGAUUCUUCAUGCUCAUGGAUUUCAGUAGAGCUUACGCAUUUUUGUUUUGUGGACUGUUUAACCUUAUGAACUCUCGGAUGUUCUCCAUUGGUAUGUUUCCCUACGUCAUGAUUGCUGUUAUGCCCAUAUUUUGUUCUGCUGAUUGGCCCAAAAAAUGUUUUUCGCUAUUUCCGAAACUACGUGACGCCAUAAUGUAUACCGAACCAACUGGAAAAAAUCCAGCAUGUAUAUAUGAGGAAAGAGAAGAUUGUCAAGAAGAAGUAACUGACAAAAAAGAAGAUAAUCAAGAAGAAGUAACUGACAAAAAAGAAGAUUAUCAAGAAGUAACUGACAAAAAAGAAGAUUAUCAAGAAGAAGUAACUGACAAAAAAGAAAACUACCACAAAGAGGUCUCGCCAUCUAAGACCAAAAAGUCGGCAAAUAAUGCGACUUUUUCCCACAAGAUGACAGCAUUAUUAUUCUGCUUCUACUUCGCUCUUCAAGGUUUUUUGCCUUAUUCUCAUUGGCUGACGAAAGGAUAUAAUACAUGGACGCAAGGACUUUAUGGAUAUUCAUGGGACAUGAUGGUUCACAACUGGAAAUACAUCCACACCACCCUCACGAUUGUUGACAAGAAAACAGGACGCCAUUUACACUUAGACCCCGAGGUUUGGACUAGAAGCCACAGAUGGACUCAUCAUGCGGACAUGGUGAAACAGUUUGCUGUUUGCGUGCAGGACAAGAUGGUAGAAAAAUAUGGUUUGAAGGACAUUGAGUUAUACAUAGAUGUAUGGAUAUCGCUGAACCGCCGUUUUUCUCAGAGGAUGUACGAUCCGACAGUGGAUUUAAUUUCUGCAAAAUGGUCUCCAUUUGAGGAAGUAGCAUGGGUCCUUCCUCUCCAAACGGAGCUGACAGACUGGAGACAGUAUCUUGUAGAUAUGGAAGAAAAAUUAUUCAACCAAUCGGAAAACAUAGAUGUUCUUUUUGUCACGGACUUUCCUGGUUUUCAUCUGAUCAACUACGUAAGAGAAGAUUUUGGAAAUACCACUCUUGACGUAUUGAAAGGAGAAGUAGAAAUCCGGACGGAAUCGAACGGAUCUAUACAAUUAACUGAAGGACAAAGCUUGAAAAUCCCAUCUUCAACAUACCACGUAGUGUCUCCUCUCAAGCAUAGCCCUGCCUGCUAUAUGUACACGUACUACGUUAACAGAACAGAAAUCUCAUCAGUCAGUCAGUCAUCAAAAAAGUCACAAAACGCUGAUACCUGUCCAGCAGUAAUGAAUAAAUAUAGUCAACUACAAGUGAAAAAAGUUGAAAUUAGUUUUUGCAAAGGUUUCUGCUGGGAAGAAUUCAAGAAGGACUUCAUAAAGAAAUUCGGCAUAUGGACAAGAAGCAUGAGUCUCUUCGGAAAAGCCUUUUACAGCAUUCUGACCCAGAAUCCAAUGAUCGUGGAGAAAAGCGAGUUGCAAACUGAAGACAGCUAAAGGAUUUUAAUUAUAAUCAAGAAAUACAGUUUUGUAUGUUGUCAAAAUGCUUGAAAUUGCGAAAACAAUUGAGAAAUAAAGGUGGAAAUUGCAAAUUUA